AUGCGCAUGUGCAUUGACUAUAGGCAGUUGAAUGAGUUGAGGAUUAGGGCAGUGGGCAUCCCUAAGACUGCAUUUAGGACCCGUUAUGGACAUUAUGAGUUCUUGGGGCAUGUUGUAUUGAAGGAGGGCAUUAUAGUGCCAGUUUUGGUUAGACUCUGUAGCGUUCUUGGGGCAUGUUGUAUUGAUUGGGCUAGGCCCACCUCAGUUACUGAGUUUCGGAGCUUCGUCGGACUAGCAGGCCACUACAGACGAUUUUUGGAGGGUUUCUGUACCUUGGCACCACCUCUGACCUGGUUGCCUCGUGUUGAUGUUCCCUUUGUUUGGUCAGAGGAGUGUGAGGCGAGCUUUUUGAGGCUCAAGGAGUUAUUGAGCACCGCUCCAAUAUUGACUCUUCCUGUUGAGGGCGAGGUUUCAUGGUUUAUUGUGAUGCAUCUGGCGUUGGUUUGGAUUGUGUAUUAA